AUGUCAUCCUCCUCCCAAUCUGAAAAUGUGUUGAAGCGUAGCUCGGAAGAUGUGGGAUGGGAAUAUGGGAUCUUGGCAAAUCCUACAAACUCAGAUAAGGUGAAAUGUAAGUUGUGUGACAAAAUCAUUAGUGGUGGAGUACAUAGAUUAAAACAACAUGUAGCCAACAUAAGGGGAAAUGUAGCGGCAUGCACAAAGUCUUCGGAUGAAGAUAAAGCCAACUGUCGAGCCGCAUUAGAAGAAGAAAAAAAUAAGAAGAAACAAAAGGAUAAGCACAUUGUGGAAGUGAGGGAAGAGGAGCAACUUCAACAAAUUCAAGAAGAAGAAGACAUUGAAGUGAUUGGGUCAAGGAAAAGGCCUCGCACUCUUGGACCUAUGGAUAAGUUUGCAUCCUCCAUCAAUCUCGAUUCUUCAAAUGAGGGAAGUAAGAAGACUCGACAACAAAACAUCCAUGAUGCAAUUUGGAAAGAAAGAACACAUCAAGUGGAUCAAUAUGUGGCUCGAUGGGUGUAUGAAGCCGGUAUUCCUUUCCAUGCUAUUGAUAAUGAUAGCUUCAAGCGUGUGAUGGAAGCAGUUGGUCAAUUUGGCCCGGGUUACCUACCUCCAAGCCAAUAUGAAUUAAGGGAGCCAUUAUUGAAAGAAGAGGUAGAAAGAGUAAAAAAGUCACUCAAGAAACAUGAAGAAGAGUGGGCUUUGAAUGGUUGCUCAAUCAUGACCGAUGCUUGGAGUGAUCGAAAAAGAAGAAGCAUAAUGAAUUUAUGUGCCAAUUGCAAGGAAGCCACCAUAUUUCUUUCUUCUAAGGAAUACUCUAGUGAAGCACACACCGGGGAAUAUAUCUUCGAAUAUGUUGACAAGUGUGUUGAAGAAAUUGGGCCUCCAAAUGUGAUUCAAGUGGUAACCGAUAAUGCUUCUAACAAUAUGGCGGCGGCAAACAUGAUGAAAAAAAAGAGGCCGAAUAUGUUUUGGACAUCAUGUGCCACUCAUACUUUGAAUCUCAUGCUUCAAGGGAUUGGUAAUCUCCCUAGGUUCAAAGGAGUUAUUGACAAGGCAAAGGCUUUCACUAUCUUCAUUUAUGCACAUCAUAAAACUUUGGCAUUGAUGAAGAAGCAUACCAAGAAAAGAGACAUAAUAAGGCCCGGAGUCACUAGAUUUGCAACUUCUUUCCUCACAUUGCAAAGUUUGAUGGAUAAGAAAAAAGACUUGAAGGUUAUGGUUGCUAGUGAAGAAUGGGAACAAUGCAAACAUGUCAAGACUACAAAGGGGAAAGUGGCAUAUACUACUGUAUUGAGUUCACAUUUUUGGAGUGGGGUCUUACUUUGCUUGAAAGUGUUUGAACCUUUAUUCAAGGUACUUCGAAUUGUUGAUGGGGAUAAGAAGCCAUCAAUGGGGUUUUUGUAUGGAGAGCUACAAAAAAGCAAAGAUGGAGAUUAA